AUGUUUUCUGUAAUUUUAUAUUAUCCUGAAACAACAACAACAACAGCAACAAUAUUCAACAAUCCAUUGAUUGAUCCGGGUGACAAUGAUAUUGAUGAUGAAAUUCAACAUUACAUUCGUCAUCGUCGUCGUCGUAAUCGUCGUCCAUUGAAAAUUGAUCAACAAUCAAUGUAUCCAUAUUUAAAAAAUAAUGAACCACAAUUUGAUGAAUUGGUAUUACGUUUUGAACAACAACAGGAAAAACACCUGAAUCAUAAUUCAGAAAAUAUUUCUAUUGAUAUUUCAAUUGUUGAUGAAAAAAUUGGACAAAAAGAUGAAAAAAAUGAUGAUCUAUGUUCAUCAUAUGAUUAUCAUUUAAGGACAACAGAUUUUUCAAAAACAACAUUAAAACCAAUGAUUGAUGGUUCACCAAUAACAGCAUCAGAUCGUAGACAACAAUUAUCUAGGCUUUAUUCAUUUGAUCAUCGUGAUCAUGAUGAUAAUGAUGAUGAUGAUGAACAAAAUCAAUUUAUCGAUAAUCAUCAACAGCAAGAUAAUAUCAAUAUUGUUGAUAUUAAUAACGAUGAUAAUGAUGACCAUUUUGUUGUUGUUGAUUCAUCCGGAUAUCCACAACAACAACAACAACAAAAUUGGUUAAAAUAUUCAAAAAGACCACCAAAUAUUGAACGUUCAAAUACUGAACCAUCAUCACAAUCAAUAAUAUCUGUUAUAAAUGUUGGUGGUGGUAGUAAUAUUGUUGGUGGACAACAACAAUCGCAACAAUCACCAUUACAUUUAACACAUUCACCAAUUAGAAGAUCACCAUUAGAUAAUAUUAAUAAUAAUAAUAAUAAUAAUGGAUCAAUGUUAAGACAAUCAUCAUUUGAUCAUCAUUAUUUAACACCAACAUCUGCCUAUCAUCAUCAACAAUAUCCAUCUUCAUUAAGUUUGCAUCAUUAUCAUCAUUUACAGCAUGGUGGUGGACAUGGACAACAACAGCAAAUAAAAUCACCAUCAAUUUAUGGUACAAGUUCAUCGGCAUCAUCAUUAUUAUUAAUGAUGGCCAAUUCUACAAAUACAAAUACAAAUAAUUUACAACAACAACAACAAUUACAUGGAAAUGGUUGUCAUUAUGAAUCAACAUCAAGUAUUAGUUCAAAUAAUAGUAAUUGUAGUGCUGCAUAUCAUUAUAUUUAUCCACCACCACCUCAACAGCAACAACAUUCAUCGGGUAAUAAUUCAAUAUCACCAAGUGGUUCAAGAAUAUUACCAAAAUUAAAUUUUACAAAAAAUCCAUAUCUUAUGUUGGAUGAUAAUGUUAAUGUUGGUGGUAAUAAUCGAUCGAUAAAUAGCCCUAACGGUAAUAAUAAUGGUGGUUUAACAAGAGCACCACCAAUUAUGGCAUCACAAUCAGUUGAUGAAUAUAGUACCGGUUUAAUUGAUCCAGGUAAUUUAGCAUUAAUGAUGGAACGUUCAUCAUUAGAAAAUUUACCAUUUCCAUCAACAAAUGGACAAGUUAAUCAACAAUUUUUUCUUAAUUCAUCAUCAUCAUCAUCAUCAACAGCACAGCAACAAAUUUCAAAUUCAUUAUGGAAACAGCAAGAUGAUUAUUGUCCUGGUGGUGGAUCAACAACAACAACAGGAUCAUUAGCUAAUAGUCGUCGUGGUAGUACAAGAAGUGGACAUUUUCCAAUCAAUAAUUCGAAUCAACAUCAUCCACCAAUACAAUCAUCAUAUUCAUUAGAUGUGCCAACAUUAGAUCGUUUUGGAAAUGUACAUUAUCAUAAUAAUAAUAAUAAUUCUUAUCAACAACAACAACAACAAUCUUGUUUUAAUCAUCAAUAUGGAUCAUCAUCAUAUAUUUAUGGCCAACAACAACAAUAUUCAUCAUCAUCACAAUCACAAACAUCUUUAUUAUCAACAGCAGCAACAACAACAACAACAUCGACAAUAACAACAACAAUUUCGAAUGAUUGUUUAUCCAAUUCAACGGCGACAACAACAACAACAAAUAGAAGAUUAUCACCAAAAGAUUAUCAAAUUUUUUUACAGAAUCAAAGUCCAAAUCAUAGUUCAUUAUCGCCUUGUCAUCAACAACAACAACAACAACAAUCUACAGCAGUAACAACAACAACAGCAAAUAUUGAUGAUACAAAUUUUGGUCAACAACAACAACAACAACGAAGAAGACAACUUCCAACAAUAAAAAGUUUACCAUUAUUAAUCAAUGCAAAUAAUAAACAAAUUACAACAGCAAACAAUUGUAUUAGUGGACAACAAAAUAAUGAUGAUAAUAUAGCGACAUCUAAUAAUAUGAUUAUAAAUAGUAAUAAUAAUAAUAAUGAUCAAUUACAAUCACCAUCAAAAACAGCAACAACAACAACAUUAAUAACAACACCAACAACAACAACAACAAUAGGACAAAAACAAAGACAAAGAUUAUUUCGUCGUUCACCACAACAUCCACGUUUAUCACGUUUAAAUUCAUAUCAUCAUCAACAACAACAACAACAACAAACAAUAAAUAGUGGUGGUAGUAAUAGCGGUGUUAAUGCGAUAAAUUCACGUUUAUCAGUACCAUCAUUGCGUUUAACACAUUCAUUUGAUGAUGAUCAUCAUCAACAUUUACAACAUCAACAACAUUUACAGCCAAAAAUAUUAUCAUCAUUAUCAUCAUCAACAAUAACAUCAUCAUCGACAACAAAUAAUAAUAAUAAUCUAAUGACUGGACAACAUAGACAUUCAUCACCAACAACACCGGGUGCUUGGAUAAUGGCACCACCAGGUUAUCAACAACAACAACAACAAUCAACAAUUGUAACACAAUCAUCAUUAUCAUCAUCAUCGAUAACAACAUCACAAACAUCAUUAACAACUGGAUCGAUUCAUCAACAACAGCAACAUUAUUCAUCAAUUUAUCAUUUACAUCGAUUAUCAUCGGUUGAUCAUCAACAACAGCAACAACAACAACAAAUGAUACGUAAACAAUAUUCAGUUGAUUGUGUUGAUUAUAAACCAUCAACAACAACAACAACAAUGGCAAUGAUGCAAUUAUCAAUAUCAGGUUUUAAUAAUAAUAAUAAUCAAACGAAUCAAUUAAAUUAUCAUAAUCGUCCAUCACCUUAUUCGGAUUCAUCUGUAUCGAUUAAUAUUGAACAUGAUGUUGAAUCGACAAUUAAAAUGGCAAAACAAAGAUUACAACAACAACAGCAGCAGCAGCAGCAGCAACAUCAACAAUUAUGGAAAGGAUCCGGUUCAUUGAUUGAUAAUCAAAAUGAUUUUCAACAAUUUAAACAACCACAUCAACAUCAGCAAUUUUAUGGUCCAACAAUAAAAACUACUGGACGUAAAUUACCGACAAUAUUUAGUGCAUCAUCAACAACAUCACAAUCGGGUUAUUUUUGGCGUCAUCCAAGAAAAUCACUUAGCCUUGAGGAUGCUGCAAUGGGAACAGGUGAAACGGAUAUUUAUCAUCCGAAUCAAAUAUUUCAAUCGGCUAAUCAACAACAACAACAAUCAUAUGAAGUUAAAAGUGAUAUUUGUGGACCACAUUUAUCAACACAAGCAUCAUUAUCAUCAAAUUCAAGUGCUGGUUGUGGUGGUGGUGUUGGUCCUGGUUCAGAUCCAACAUCAUCAUCGAUUCAAGUUAUUACAAAAGAACCAAAAUCAUCACCAUCAAAAAAUUUAUCGAACGUUAUCGAUCAAGAUGAAGAAGAUAUUGAAUUAAUUAGUUAUCUUUGUCGUCGUUAUAUAAAAGAACAAAAAGAUAUUGAUGAAGAACAAGAACAAGAAGAUUUAAUUGAUUAUAAAUUAGGUGGUUAUCAUCCAUUAAAAAUAUUUGAUGUUUUAAAUGGUCGAUAUUCGGCAAUACUUAAAUUAGGUUGGGGACAUUUUUCUACUGUUUGGCUUUGUUGGGAUAUGAAAGAAAAAAUAUUUGUUGCAAUAAAAGUAGUGAAAAGUGCCGGACAAUAUACUGAAACUGCUCAUGAUGAAAUUACAUUAUUAAUGAGGGUUCGUAAAGCUGAUCCGGAUCAUAAUGAAGAGAUCGUACAAAUGUAUGAUAGUUUUCAAAUCAAUGGUAUUAAUGGAUCUCAUGUUUGUAUGGUUUUUGAAGUACUUGGUUGUACAUUAUUAGAUUUAAUUAUAAAAUCACAAUAUAAUGGUAUACCAUUGGAAAAUGUACGAAGUAUAAUUAAACAGGUAUUACGUGGUUUACAUUAUCUUCAUCAUACUUGUGGUAUUAUACAUACAGAUUUAAAACCAGAAAAUGUUUUAUUAGUUGGUAGUCAUGAAAUGGCACAAAAAUUAGCAUUCAAAGCAUUAUAUCGUAUACAUAAUAAUAUUCCAUUACCUGUUUCAUAUAAAUCGAAUGCACCGGUUGCACAGAUUGAAGCUGAACAUCGUCGUAUAAAGAAAAAAUUACGUCGUAAAAAUAAGAAAAAAGCUAAAAAAUUAGCAAAUACAAAAUCAAGUUCAACAUCAACAACAAGUUCAGCACCGACAAUAAUUACAUCAUGUAAUAAUAAUAAUAAUACAAAUUCGAUCAACAAUGAUGAUAAUGGACAAUCAGUUGAUAUUGAUGAUUCAAAUUCAAUUCGUGAAGAUGAUGAAAUGAUUUCAUCAAAAACAAAUAAUAAUAAUACACUUAUAAUGGAAAAUUUAUUAAUGCCUGAAUUUGCCUGGUUAUAUGAUCCAGGUUAUAUAAAAUAUUAUGAAGGUAUUGGUUAUCCGGAAUUUGCUGUUGAAAUUUUACAAUCAUCACGACAUUGGAUACGUAAAGAAUUUCAAUUAGAUAAAGGAAAUGAACCUGCAUUUGAAAUAUGUGAUGUUCGUGUUAAAAUUGGUGAUCUUGGAAAUGCUUGUUGGGUGGAUCAUCAUUAUUCUGAAGACAUACAAACACGACAAUAUCGUAGUCCUGAAGUGAUAUUACGUGCCGGUUAUGGUCCAUCGGCUGAUAUUUGGUCAGUAGCUUGUUUAGCAUUUGAAUUAGCUACCGGUGAUUAUUUAUUCGAUCCACGAUCAACAUCAUCAACAACAAGAGAUGAAGAUCAUAUUGCUAGAAUGAUGGAAUUAUUAGGACCAUUACCACGUGAAGUUAUAUUUGCUGGUGCACGAAGGCAAAAAUUUUUUGAUAAUCAAGGACGAUUUCUAAAACGUUUAUUUGAAGAUUAUGAUAUUUAUUCAUUAUUGGUUAAUAAUCAUAAAUUUCCAAAACCAGUAGCGAAUAUAUUUGCCGAUUUUUUGGAAACAUUAUUAAAUUAUAAUCCAACUAUACGACCAACAGCAUUAGAAUGUUUAAAACAUCCAUUUAUGAUUUGUGAUUAUAAUUAUUCAUCAAUGUUAGAAAUGGUACGUCAAUCAUCAUCACGUAAUGAUGAUGCAAGUGGUGGUGGUGGUGAUGGUAGUAAUUCAUCUGAUCGUCAUAAUCAUCAUAGUAAUAAUACAAGCUAUAAUUCUACCGAUGAUGAUGAUGAUGAUGAUAAUAAUGGAUCCGAAUCACGUACAACAACAACAACAACAACUAAAUGUCAUGAUCAACGUACUGAAAACCAUCAUCAACAUCAUCAUCAUCAUGAACAUUAUAAUAGUUCAGAAUUAAGUGGUCGUAGUGGUUGUUCACAAGCAGGUCGUUCAAGAACACAUUCAAAUAGUAGCCAUCAUAUUAAUAAUGAUAAUCAGGAAUCUAUAAAUUUGAAUGAAAAAAAAUUGAAAAAAAAUUCAAAUUGGAAACAAAAACAACAAUCAUGUGAUCAAGCUGGUGGUUGUACUACUACUACUACAAGUAGUAAUAAAUCAAUCUGUUGUCAAACAUCAAAAAAUCAUAAUAUUAUUGGUGCUGCUCUGGAUGAUGAACAUCUUAAUCAUAAUGAUGAAAAUAUGAUUCAAAUUAAUGGUGGAACAAAAUUUGAAAAAUGUUGCCCAAAUAAUAAUAGUAAUUUAAUGAUGAAAAUGAUGAAAAAUUCAUCAAAACAUAGUGGUCAGUUAUUGAAUAAUAAUAAUAAUAAUGAUUCGGCUACAUCAGAAACGGAUGCAGAUAGUGAUUGAUUGAAAUUGAAAAACAUCAAUCAAUCAAAAUCACUUUAUGAAUUGAUAUAUGGCAUAUAAAUACACACACACGUAUCAUCAUCUUGUUUGUUUUUUCUUUCAUAUUUUAAAAUCCACCGUAUUUUUUUUUUCUUCACCUGAUAAAAAUUUACUUUCACCUACACACACACAUUUGUGAUUCUCUCUCAUCUUCUCCUCUUCAAAUAUUAUCAGAUUGACUCAAUUGAUCGAUUUUCCCUUAUUCUCUCUCUCU